UGGUCUUGAACCUCCAGAAUUAUUCGAAAAAAUGGCCAAAAGAAUUGCCGAGAAGGAAUUGACAGAUAGAAACUGGGACCAAGAAGAUGAAGCUGAAGAGGUGGGAACAUUUUCAGUGGCCAGUGAGGAAGUCUUGAAGAAUAGAGCCAUAAAGAAAGCAAAGCGGAGAAAUGUUGGGUCUGAAUCUGACAGUGGAGGAGCCUUCAAAGGUUUUAAAGGCUUGGUUGUGCCUUCUGGAGGUGGAGGGUUUUCUGGAUUUGGUAGUGGCCCUGGAGGGAAGCCUCUGGAAGGACUGUCUAAUGGAAACAGCACUAGUGCCCCUCCCUUCACUGGUGCAAGGGCAGCAGCAGAGCCUAAGGCAACCUUUGGUUCUUUUGCUGCAAAUGGCCCAACUGCCUUGGUGGAUAAAAAGAUUUCAGAUCCCAAAACUAACGGCAGCAGUCCACAGCCCUCGUCCUCCAGCCUUGCUUCUAGCACAGCCUGUGCAGGGAGCACCUACCACAAACAGCUGGCGGCCUUGAACUGCUCUGUUCGGGACUGGAUAGUGAAGCACGUGAACACAAACCCCCUGUGUGACCUGACACCCAUCUUUAAGGACUAUGAGAAGUACCUGGCCACUAUUGAGCAACAGCAUGACAAUAGUGGCAGUGGAAACUCUGAAAGCGGAAUGAGCCAGAUGUCAGUUGACACACAGACCCCUUCCCUGUUUGGUUCAGCAAAACUAUCACAAGAGUCAACAUUUUUGUUUCAUGGCAACAAAACUGAGGACACAUCUGAGAAGAAAAUGGAGGUUGUGUCUGAAAAGAAGACCGACAUAGCACCAGAAGCAGCAAGUGUCUCGUUUAAUUUCGGCAAGAAAAUUGAUAGCUCUGUUUUGGGCUCACUGAGCUCUGGUCCCUCAGCUGGAUUUUCAUUUUCACCUGGAAACUCCAGUUUAUUUAGUAAAGAUAUUACCCAGAGUAAACCAGUUUCUUCACCAUUGGAGGGUCAAGCAGAAGGUGGCAGUAAUGAAUGCAAAGGUGAAGACGAAGAGGAGAGUGAUGAGCCUCCCAAGGUGGUGGUCACUGAAGUGAAGGAAGAAGACGCUUUCUACUCCACCAAGUACGACAUGACCCUGGGAGCUGGCUUGGGAGUCCCGGGGCUGUGGGUCAGCUUGUCCUCAUCAAGGCCUGAGCUCACCCUGGGCAUCUCUGAACUGGAACGGGGAGAACCCUUGGCCUGCUAUUUUAAACAGGCCAGGUCUGGAGAUUUCCUGCUGAGCACAUGUGUCCAUGCUUUAGAGACAGACUUCUUCCCCUGCCCCUUUUCUUCCUUCUCUCCCUUCUCCUUUCAUCGUGAAGAAAGUUGGUUUGGUUUUGCUUCUGCUCCUUAUCUGGAAGCGUCCCUGACCCCUUCCUGGAGACCUGGUCUUUCUGGAUUUUCUUACAGACAAGAGUUGGGCACAGUGACCCGCCACCCCUUCUUAAUUUAUAAUAACGACACCGUAAUGUCACCAUUGCCCAGUAAGUUGUGCUGGUCUCUGACAGAGAUGAUGUUCUUGUUUGUGGGUUGUACCAGCUCGUUCUUCCUCCAGUCCUCUCAGCUGAGCCAGCUGGGUGUGCGAGUGGGAGCAUUGGGCAGGGCCACCAGAGACCUCCCGGCACUCUGUCCAGGCAACAUACUAUUGAAUGUUUUGAUUCCACCCAAUAUGCCAUGUAGCCGAACAGGGAAAAACAAUGUACUCAUUGUCUGCAUUCCAAACCCACCACUUGAUGAGAAGAGUGCCACCGUCCCUGCCACCAUGUUGAUUCGGGUGAAAACUAGUGAGGAUGCAGACGAGUUGCACAGGAUUUUACUGGAGAAAAAGGGCGCCUGAAGGUGAAGUCGGAGGAGGCAUUGCCAAGUUGCUGCUCCUCCACCUCCCUUUAAACUUAGUUUUUCUUUUCUUUGACCUUCUAAGGACUUCUAGAUAACUUAAAACUGUUGUGGGGAAGAUUAAGGCCAAUAAAACCUUUCAAUGUUUUAUUUCAAUGUCAAGGAACUGUAUUCUCCCUUCUUCCAAGACUGACAACUGUGCAAAAUACAUUCGAAUGAAAUUUUUUGGAAGUUU